UACAGAGUAUUCGGGGAAGGAUGAAAACUUUAUUGGGGCCAUUCCUUUGUCUUGGAAAGAAAUGAAUCGGGAAUUUUUAGCUGAACACCAUUUGGAACCAUAAUGUGGGACUACCAUGACAGUAUUUCAUUUUAACCAUAAUUAUUUGUGAGAGAAAUUUAAGUAUACUUGAAUCACCUAGUUGUUAUAAUGCAGCUUACCAUGGACCACAGAAGCAGAUCUAUGGAGUACACCCAGGACUGUGAUUCUGUUAAUAACGACCAGGAUUUUAACGGGAACACCGCAGACACAAAGUCCGAGGAGCGGGACAGUGGAACGGGACUCUCGAGUCACUCCACCUCGGCCGAUCCCAUGAGUAUGGACGACUCAGACGAGCCCGCCAGUAUCGGGGAGGAACUCAACUCCUCCUCUUAUCAUUUAGACAUGGACGGGGAGCUGGUGCCGAUUAACAAGGACGAACUACAGGACACGUGCAGUGAUUGUGAGGCCUCACGUACUUACACUGUGCCCACCCCUGUCAGUUUCAUUAACAAUAACGCUAACGAGCUGGUCGACCCACUUCAGGAGAUAAAUCAAGUUAACAUCAAGGAAAAGAAAUAUCCUGUUCUCCCUUCCAUCAGCAAGAAAUCGUGUACCCCACGUUCUCUCCCAAGUGAAACAUCUCUGGACAAUGAACUUCUUGAAAAGUGUCUAGUGCGAGAACUGACCAAAAAUCAAAUGGACUUUUCGAGAGAAAGAAUGGAAAAAGAGGCUGACUUUUUUGCGGAUCAUCGAAUUAAUACAAGCAAAGUGAAAGCUACCCCUCGCACCAAUCCCCUUCCUCCUAUAAGACCUGCAAAUGCUUCCUCCCCAGAUAAAAUGGGAACGUGAAAACUAUGGCUAACAAAAUUUAUGAGCAAAAACUGCUCUGACAUUAAAAGUCUAUCUGUGCAUAGCAAUAAUUAUGAUUGAGCACACAUAUAGUGAUGGAUUGUGCUUUGACAACAAAAUGGUAUCUUGUUCAAAAUUACUGCAUUGUUAAAUGUGUUGAAAAUUUGAGAUCUGAUGAUAUUUAUCAUAUAUGCAAAUGAUAUUUGUAUACUAUAGUGUGUUUUCAUAAUCAUUAUAGCUACAAUAAUAUAUGCAGACAUUUAAGAAUUUUAGACAAAAUAUAGGGUUGGAUUUACUGUACUGCAAUUUUUUGGUCUCUUAAAAUUGAAGAGUUUCUAUUUAGUAAGCAAUAGGGAUGUC